UAAGGCCUUAUUGAGGAUGGGAAAGUGUUUUCCCCGCAUAAAUAUAGGGAGUGUUUUUAGUUAGUCACUCCUAAAUGCACUAAUUGCGUCAGGCAUCGUUGAAGGUAAGUUGGAUCUGGAUACAUUGAAAAUUGCGUUUUAUGAUCUACACUAUUAUUCCAAAUGACAACAUCCUCUUUGCCCGUUGUAGCCGAACGACCAAUUGAAAACAACAACUUUCGAUCAAAGGCAAUUUUUAGAUAACGUAACACCUUAAAAACAAACAGAAAUAUUUAAAAUCAAUUAAAGGUAAUAACUUUAAUCAAAUUCAAUAAGACCAUCGCCUUCAUCUACUGCCGCAUAUCCAACUGGUCCAGAACAACCUUCAACUUCGACACAGGCAACACAGUCAAAAGCUUGUCGUCCUAUAAGUGCAUUGAGCCGGUAUUGUGGAUAUAAGUGGGUUAUAAAGGCUCGUGUCACGACAAAUUCUACGACAUGAUUGAGGUGGACAAGGUGUACUUCUUUUCAAAGGGUCAAUUGAAGCCGGCAAACAAACAAUUCUCUAACAUCCCCAAUGACUACGAGUUGACAUUGUCAAGCGACAGUAUGAUUCAAGAAUGCAAAGAGGAUCUGGACGAUGUUCCAACAGUGAAAUAUGAUUUCAUCUUGAUCGACAAGAUAUCAGAUAAACAACCAAACACAAUUGUCGACGUAAUUGGUGUCUGUCGUCAGAUUGGCGAGCUACAAGCAUUCACAGCUAAAUCAACGGGCAAGGAGUUGAAGAAACGUGACAUUAUUUUGGUUGAUAAUACUGAUGCUUCGGUGAAUUUGACUCUGUGGGAUAUUGAAGCCGAAAAUUUCAAUGAUCAUGGUCAACCUGUAAAACCGGUGAAAGGUGGUCGUCUCAGCGAAUUUGUUGGCGGCAAAUCGAUUUCGAUGGUGGGAAGAGAUGACUACUCAAAUGUCCGCACAUGAAAAUAUUUUUUCGUGUUGAAUAUGUAUAUUUACUGUACCAAAGGUGUACUUCACUGUACCGAAAACCAUUCGAAAGUGUACCACAUAGUUUGGUCAAUAUCCGGAAUCGAAAAUAUAGACAUCUUCAAUUUGCCGCAAAUUUUUGUAAUAUUCAUUUCUAUUUGUCUUUUAGUGUUAAAAAAUGAUUGUACCCAAAGUGUACUCUCCAAAAAACAUAAAUAUGGGGGAAUAUU